AUGGACAUGGAAAGGUACUCCGUAGUCCCCAGAGAUCUAGAUGGAUUGAAGAAGGAAGUUCAGGUGCGGGUUUCCCCCAUGGAACUGAAAUUCCACGAUGCAGUAGCUGGAAGAAUUUACCGCUCACCAAUUACACUACACAAUCUUGGCCGCUGGAACCAGAAAAUCCGGUUUCAGGAGCCUAGCAAGCCACAGUUCAAACUGAUACUAACUAACCUGGAAAAGGAGCUUGCUUCAGGCCUACACUUUACGGUGAUGAUAGAAUACCAUCCAAUUAAAAAUGAAGAGAUUUCUGACCAGUUAUUAAUCACAGUGGGAAACAAAGUAAUAGCGAUUCCUCUCAUUGGGUUGAUACCCUGUUGUCAGCUUGAAAUUGAACCAGUAGUUGAUUUCGGCACAUUAGUUGCUGACAGUACAGUAUAUUGUAAAGAGGUUCAUAUUGUUAACCAUGGGAAAGCUCCUGGUUUGUUUCGUACAGAUUACCAGGGCCAUUUGCCUAUACUCAUUGCUCCAACAACUGGUACUGUGAAACCUAAAUCAUUUGUAGUUAUCAAAGUGGAUUUCUGUGCAAACCAGCCCAGAAUCGUGAAUGAAGUAGCAAGAGUGCGUUUACAAGGUCGUCCUGAUAUAUUUUUAAAUAUCAAAGUUCAUGUGGUUGAACAGAUUAUUGAAUUAUUUAACAUGAAUAAUAACAAAAAGUUGGAAUGUAUAAGAUUCGGUUCUGUUUUUUUUGGAACAUCAAAAAUUGAACAUGCAAUUCUACAUAAUAAUAGCCCUCAAACCAUAAAUUGGGUGGCAAUAAUGGAAGAUGAUUCUGUUGGGGAAGAAUUAGGUUCAAAUGUUCCAGAGAGAACAGAUAUUGCCUUAAAUAAUCUUGCUUAUUUAAACAAAAUAAAGGACAUAGAUGUUACUAAUUUUAUCUCAUGCAUGCCUAAUUCGGGGACUUUAUUACCAUAUGAAAAGAUUGUGAUUACAUUUUGUUUCAGUCCAAAGUUAGUAGCUGAUCGUAUAAAGGAUAUUGGGCCUUCCCAUAGGCAAGACUAUGCUCUCUAUGUAAGGUUUGAUUCAGUAGGUAGUAAAGAUGGCUUUUUGAGAGAUGAUGACUAUAAAACUAUCCAAAGCGAUAGGCAUCAAAAAGUGGAAUUAGCAUUGACAGGCUCAGGACUUCCUGUAGUAUUGCAGUUUGAUCCAGGAAAUGUCCUUCAUUUUCCACCUUGUAAUAUGGGAGAACAUUCUGAUCUUAUGUGUAUUGUUCAAAAUCAGUCUAAAUCACUUCCUGUGAUGUACCGUUUUCAAAAUACUGCACAUUUUACAAUUGACCCUGCAAGGGGAAAGAUUGAUGAAGGGUGUAUCCAGAAUGUGAUAUGUUCCUUUACUCCACGCCAAAUUGGAUCCUUCAAAGUACAGCAAAUAAUAGAUAUUAUUGGCCCGGUGGCAGAUGAAAAAUUAGAGUCUUUAUCAAUGAAACCAUUUCAUCAAAUAUAUUUAGAGUUCCAUAGUGUAUGCAAAGCUGUCACUAAGGAAGUGGUGAUGAAAAUUAAUCCUGGUUUAUCUCCUUUCGUCAGUAAUCCUAUUGGAAAGUUUGUAAUCAAAGAUUUGGCAAAAAAUAAGAAUCCUGUACCUGUAGCAAUGCUGCAAUCAGCCACAACAUGCCUGCAUAAUCAUCACAUAAAUGAAAAGUCCACAGCCAAUGCAUUGAUAGCCUAUCCCAAUGACCGACCUGGGAGUAUAAGGCCUGGAGAUCACCAUAAGACUUUCAGGACAAUUUUCACGAAGAUUCCAAGACAUAAUUAUACAGAUCAUGAAUAUGAAUAUACUAGCCUUGAACAAGAAAAAAAGAAAGCACAUCAAGACUAUUACACAAAAUAUAUUAGAAACUCAAGGAACAUUCGCCUACAGAAAGAAGCAGAGAGGCAACAUAUGUGUUCACAUAAUGACACAGACAUAGGCUUACAACCAGGGUCGGGCCUAAAGUCACCCCCUCUCUCAGUAACUGAAAUAGAAGAGGUAAUACCUUUACCUCCACCAGAGUCUCCCAUCAAUGACACUCAGUUAUUAAGUACAAAAAAAAUGGCAUCGAAGGAGAUAGAGGCCCAACAUAAUAAGGUUCUCAAAGGACUUAAAUCAGAACCAUCCACUAACCAGGAGAAACAUGAGUGUAGCUUACAUUUGACACCAAAGCAAAUUCAUCAAGUAAUUGUUGGACCCUCAAUUCUGAACUUCGGUAAUAUUUGUGUGAGCUCUACAAACAUUCGUCAAUUGCAUUUUAUUAAUAUGCUCUCUAUGCAUGUUUUGGUCCAGUUAGAUGUUAACAUGGAAGAACUUCAGAAAACAAAACAAUUAUCAUUUGUAAUUCCACCCACAGCUAGUACUUAUGUUUCAAUGGUAUUUGAAUCCCAUAAAAUUGGAAAUUUUUGGAAGUCAUUUACAUUUACAGUGAACAGCAUUCCUGGUGGGCAUAUCCUGGUGAUGGCAGCUAUUACAGCAAUAAGACUUGAAUUAUCUUCUAAGGAGAUAUUAUUGAAACCCCAAGCUUUCUUAGUGAAAACGUGUUUUCGAGGGACAGUUAAAUUGCAUAAUCGCCAGAAUCUUCCUGCUCGGUUUGGAUGGCACCCAAUAAAUACAGAUAAAGGGUUUGCCUUUUCUAUUCGUCCAGCUAGUGGCAUCAUUGAUCCAUAUUGCUCACUGGAAUGUGAGGUAUCAUGGCAACCAACUUUUAAUUCUCCAGAGAUUGGAGAAUUUAUUCUUCAAGUUGUUGGUGGAAACACAUUGACAUUAAAAUGUGUUGCACAGCUUGGUCACACCAAGGUCAUGUUUUGGGAGCCAAGGGUGCUAUUCAGUAAUAGUCCUCAAGGUUUAACAACUUGGAGAAAAGCUAUUCUUCAUAAUGUAGGACAACACCAUGCAUAUUUCAAGGUUUCUAAAGACAGCCUUUUGCCUACUAUUAACAUUACUCCACCUGAAGGUAUAAUUCCAUUUGGUGGAUUAGCAGUUCUUAAUAUCUCCUGCACACCAACAAUGGCAGAAAAAUUCGACACAAGAGCAAGGGUUACCAUUCAUCAUGCAAAUACUAUAGACCUUAGGAUUGGUGGAUCUAUUCAGAUUGCUGAUAUUGAAAUUGAACCAAAUGAAUUUAAAUUCUGUGGCGCAUAUAUUGGAACCACGCAGAUUAUUCCAUUUGUAAUAAAAAACAUUGGUAUUACACUUGCUAAAGUGGAGUUUAAUCUACAAGAAUUUCCAUGUUUUUCAAUUAUUGCUACGGACAACAUAGGAGAAAUUAUAUACCCGGAUACUUCUUGUAUAUAUACUUUUGAAGUAGAGGAAAUGUCAUCUUUAGAAUGUGGCAUAGUGUUUUCUCCCACAGAAGUUGCAACAUAUGACUUCACUGUUCAAGUUGUUGUGAAUUCCUUCAAAGCUUCAGAACUUUAUACUGAACAUAUUUCGAAGAAUAUUCCUCUGGUGCCAAAAUCAACACCUCUAAUCCCACCUUGUCAUGUUCAAGCUACUGUAUUAUAUGCACCAAUAUACUUAUCAAAUACUGCAUUUAUAUUUAAUAUUCCUUUAUAUGAGAUGGAAUCUAAUGUAAACAUCACAAGAACAAAGACUCUUGUCUUACAAAAUAUUUCCAAAAAUAUUGUAUAUUGGUCUAUGGAUCCUACUAAUAGUGCCAGUCUUUUUAAAGAAGGCAUAUUUCAUCUUAGUAGACUGAUUGGGAAUCUGCAGCCAGGCGAAAAGUGUAGUAUAACGGUACAGUUCUGUCCAAAGAAGCCUGGAAUAUACAGAGCCGACAUUCCUAUGUGUUUAAAUGAUUGCUUGUUUUACUAUCGUUUAAUAUGUCUGCAUGGAGAGAUAAAAUCACCUAAGCUAUGUUUUGAACCACCAUUUAUAUUUUUUACUCCUGUUCCAUUGGAUGUACCAAGUGGAAUAGAUAUCAACAUUUUACCUCAAAACUAUUUUAGAAAUUCAACAGUACAUUUCCAGGUUCCUACAGCCAAGCUUCUUGAUGAUGAUGAAAUUCAACCAUUUUCUGUGACAUUUCCAAAAGGCUGUACCAUCACGGGGUCUAAUACUGGAAUUAAUGGGAAAAUACCUUGCCACCUCAGUUUCAAAUCGUCUAAAGCUGUGUCAUUUUUCACUCAUCUUGUAUUUUCUGAUGAGAGAAAUAAUUGGUUUUCACUUCCAGUUGCUGCAACAGCUGAAAACUGCAUUCUAACUAUCUAUCCCUAUCUGGCUGCUCAUAUCGAUAAGCAGCAAGUUAUUUUAAAAGAUGAAAAGGAUGUAAGUCACCAAAGGGCAAGAAGCAGCUUUAUGAUUCCCUACCGAGACUAUAAACUAUACUCUUCGGGUUCAAUAAGGACGUCCAUUGCUCCUAAAUAUAGUGAGGCUGAAAUAACGAGAGGAAAUCUUUUUGUUGGUAUGGAGAUAACACAUGAACAUAUGAGACCGAAUGUAGGUGAUCAAAUGAGGAAAACACAUGAAAGAUCAGUGGCAGCCGAAGAGAAAAAUGAACAAUUCUUUCUACCUGAGGAAGGAUCAAAGGCGCAUGCAUUUUUCCAGAAGAUUGUGCAUGCAGCCCAAAAUUGGUUCAGUCUCUUCGGCUGGCCAGGAGGACCUCAUUUGAUAAAGAUUCCAGAGACUGUUAGAAGGGACGUUCAAAAAAUGCGAAGCUAUUCAAUGAAGACCCCUAAGAAAUACAACAAACAGGAUGAUUUCUUUAAAUAUAAUAAGACUGUUUAUGAUAUGAUCUACCACCUGAGUGGAAGAAUGCCACCUGGAAUUAAUAUAAGCCAAUCUUUACCAUCAGAUGAUACUGAAAGAGUGAUUCAGCUUCAUAAGCAACACUCUUCACUCCUGAGCUUCAUAACUGCUCAGGGAGGAUGUAUAUCUCACAUACUUCCAGAAUUUUUGUUUGAGCCGGAUGAUUAUAGGAGGUGGCGCAAAAUAAUGUCUUCCCCUGAUUCCAAGGUUCUGCGUUCCUCUACACCCAUGGAGAAAUAUUCUGUAACUAUAGAUAUGAAAAAGUUUGAAGGCUGGAGUAAAUGGGCAUGGACAGAUGUUUUCUUGCAGACAUACAAGGUGCUUGUGCUAUCACGUAUUGAACCUCAUUAUACCAAUUCUGCACCUCACAUACAUAAACAAAACUCACCAAAAAUAAAUCCUUGUUUUGGAUCCAGCAACAUGUAUUCUAAUUCUGAGAGGAUUUUACUCAGUUGGUUGAAUACAAAUUAUGAGAAUGUCCGACAUAUUAUAUGGAAAAAAUCUCAGAAAGGAUUUGUUCCUGGUGAGAGAUGGAUAAUAAAUUUUGAUGUAGACCUUACAGAUGGGCUUGUUUUUGCAACUUUGUUGGGAUCUUAUUGCCCAUUUUUGAUUGAACCUUAUUUUGUACAUAUGUAUACACAACCAGUACGUGCUGAACAUUAUCUACACAAUUGCCUAAUUAUUGUGAACAGUCUUCGGGAAAUUAACUUCGACUUGAACAUACAGGCCACCGAUAUUUGUGAUCCAAAUCCUAUUUUGAUGCUAAUGCUUUGUGUUUACAUGUAUGAAAGGCUCCCUGCAUUCCUCCCCAAGAGGGUGGUACCCUUUCUUUGUACUCUAUAUGACACUGCAGUAGGCCAGAUACUAUUGAAAAAUCCAAGCACGAAAACUUUAAUAUAUACUGCUACAUUUGUUGGGAGAGAUGCUACUGACUUCUCUCUCACCCAGGAAGGGAACACUAUUACAAUUCUUCCGAAAAAUGAAUUUAUCCUCAUUAUGAAAUUUACUAGUCGCUUCAUCCAUCAAGCUGAAGCUUCACUGCUAUUAAUUUCAAAACCUAGGGAUGGACUAGGAGGUACUACACUGGCUUUUGGUCUAAAGGGAGAAGUCACAAAUUUUAAAGCAAUCGAACUUCAAUGCUGUAAAACUCCCUGUUAUGAAUGGAAAGAGAUCAUCCUGAAUGUGAAAAAUCACUUCCCCAUUGGUGGAGACUUUAGUAUAACUCUGGUAGAAUCCACAACUCUUAUCCAUUUGCCGUCACAAUUAACUGAUCCUGGACGAAUAAUUAAGCAUAGUGGUUGUAUGAGUGGCAAUGAAUAUGAUAUCCAUAGGGGCUAUUCUCAUUCUGGAAAUGGCUUCAAAACCUCUAUUAACUCCACUUAUAUACGAGAAUUCUUCUGCUCAUAUAAUAGCAUACAUUUGGAAGGGAAAGGAUCUUCAACCUUUGAGCUAUACUACGUUCCCUUUAACAUGCACAUACGUUACUGCGCUAUCAUCUUAAGUAAUAAAGAGAUUGGAGAAUUAAUAUACCUUGUAGAAGGAAAAGGUUUGAUCCCCUUGCCAUCCAGUUUGCUUCCAAUGAAACCACCUGGUCCUAUUGAUUACAGUAGUUCUCCAGAUGAAGAAUAUGCUGAGAGUAAUAUUCUGUAUUUGAAAUGUAAAUCCAAUGAAGUCCUAGAUGUGAACCUUAAAUUACCACUGACAAAUGAAGCCAAGGAAAGGGCUUUGGCUUUUGCAGCAAGACAGCAGAUGUCUACUCUUGAAUAUGAACGAAGAGUGAUCACAGGCACACUACAAAGCAGUAGUGUCCGUGUAGCCAUCGCCCUCUUAGGACUGACCAAAGUUGAGUGUCUUAUGCUCUUCAAUUUAUCAAAGCUGAAGAAGCCUAAGGCUAUUCCGUAUUUAGCACAACUAAGCCUUCCAGAAUAUUUUCAUGUUCCUAGGAUUAUCUUCAUACCACAGAUCCCAGAAAUACAAACUAGUAAACCAACUGAAUCUCAGGAAACCAAGGCUAUUACCAUAAAAGGUAACCAACCCAGGGUUUCUCCUAUUCCAUCCUGCAGAUCUGCUUUGAAUGGAUCUGUUUUAAUACCCCUAAGAUUUGCACCUCUUUCUUUUGGACGCUAUCCUUGUAAAAUGUUGUUGACCUCCAAGUACGAUAUACGCCUCUAUAACUUUGAAGGUGUGGUAAAUAAAGAAGAAGCAGAGAAUGAAUUUGUGUUUGAGACACCAGCAUUUCAAGCGCUUACUCAAGAUAUUCCUAUACAUAAUACAACAAACAAUGAAUGGAGAUUUCAAGCUAUGAUAGAGGGCAAAUGGUUUUGUGGACCUGCUAUUUUACAUGUGAACCCAGGUGAAACUGUGCCAUAUCCUCUCACAUUCAAACCUAUUAUGGAAUGUGAUGUGAUGGGUAAACUUACUCUACAAAAUGAAAUUGAUGGUUUGGCAUACACAUUUGAUGUAAAUGGAAUUGGUAGAAGACCCCUGGCCUUAGAACACAUUACUAUUGAAUGCCAAGUAGGGACAAUAACAAGUAGAACCAUACUAGUGCCCAAUUCUACAAGAAGUCUCCUAACAUUUAAGGUAUUUUCAGAUCUGCAAAUGGUGUGUGGAAAAUCACACAUCUCUGUAGAACCUGAUAAUUCAUUUCCAUACCUUUUAAAAGUGAGUCCUCAAAAACGUGGAGAAUUCAAAGGUGCAAUUACAUUUUGUGUUCAGAGCAGAGAUGAAAUUAGUUCUCAGGAUGACACUAGUGAUGAACUAACCCCAUCAGAGGACUCUCACAUUAUUUUUGAAGAAGAAACAGAUGAAAAUUAUACAAACUUUAAAAUCUGGUAUGAUAUUGUGAUCCAUUGCUCUCCUGGACCACCAAGAGAUAUUAUUGAAGUGCAUUGCUCUGCUUUGGAAACAGCUUGUAUUGAAAUACCUCUUUCUAAUUCUACAACCAAGUUUAUUCGACUGAAUGUGCAGUUAACAGAUCCUGCUCUUAAUGGUUACUCAGAAUUUACAAUUAAGCCAUUGGAAUGUAUUAACUAUAUUGUGCGAUAUUCUCCAGCAACCAUAGGUUACAAGGAAGAGAGCAUUAUAUUUCAACCUAAAAAGAAUGAUGAAGAGUUCUGGUUUUUGCUAAAAUUACAUACUUUGCUUCCUAAAGUAAAUAAAAUACCAGAAUUAAAAUGUGACCUUGGAAAGGAAUUUCUAUAUACCCUUUCCUUAUCUAAUCCUACCCAUGAAACUUUAGAAUUACACAUAGACAAUAGUAAUCCUACAAAUUUUAUCCUGGAUAAUGACAUAGAACAACCAUUGAUUAUAUGUCCACAUUCCACCUUAGAAUUACCUGUAAUUUUUCGUCCAACUGCACUUGGGAGAAAUGGUCAUGAAACGCUUAUAAACUUUCACUGUACACAGUUUACAGAAUGGAAGUUCUACUUUGUUGGAAUAGGACUCUUUCCAAAGCCUAUAGACAUACAAAAAGUAAUUGCAACUCUUGAUCAUCAAGUACCUUUGGUUGUACAUUUCAUAAAUCCUACCAAGGAAGACAUUUUAAUUGACCUCCUAUUAACAAAUGUGAAGGAGCCCAAGAACAUUGAGUUUGAUGACCGUUUGGAUAGCUUCAUCUAUGAGAAUUAUGGUUUUGAGAUUAGCCCUUUGUCGGAUAUUCGCUUGCGUCCUAAGGGACAUAUAGAUUUUCCAGUGGUAUUCGAACCGACACGUAUGAGACUAUACAAAACAAUACUCGUGGUUCAAGCUAGAAGAGCAAAUGGAGAAAAUUGGCCUGUUGACAAUUUUGAUGACUUGGAUAAACGCCUGCAAAGACUUAUGGCAACAGAUACUGGAGAAGUCUCAAAAAUAAACUGGAUGUACCCUAUUAUUGGACUUCCACAAGCGCCACUUCCCAAAGAUCCUCCAGUUAUCAUAAAAUGUCAGACGAAAAAGAGAUUAGAUGAGAAACUAGUUGUUAAUCUAACUGGUGAGUUUUUCGGUCAGGAUCCUGAUCCAGAAAAAACCGAAUUUGUAGUACGUCCAAAGAAAUAUUCAUUUCAAGGUGAUGAUGAAGAUUUCACUGAAAUGCCUAAAGUACGUGAAUUUGAAUAUGACCUAGAAUAUGAAAAUGAAUCUCUGAAGAAUGAUUUCGAUGCCUGUAUAACUCUAUAUGUGUUACAACAAGAUUGUAAUGUAGAAGAGGAAACGUUAACAUUGAUCUUCAAUCUGAUAUUUAUACCAAUGAAACCCUUAAAGGCUCUUGUUACAAUCAAAUUAGAGUGUAUAUCUGAAGGAAUCUGGAGGUUUCCAUUAAUAUUGAUGGCUACUGAGCCGGAAGUGGAAGAUGUCAUUGAUAUCCCAGGAAUUGGUUUAUUUAAAGAAUCUGUUAUAGACUUCAGAGUGACAAGUCAGACAAGAUUCUUUGAACCAUUUACCGCACACUUCCUGCCUGGCAGUGAUCCGGAAUUUUUCGUUAGACCUCAGACUGGAAAACUUCCUCCAUUUUUUACCAAUGGGCUUCUCAUGGUUGUAGGCUUUAAACCUCGAAUGUACAGUAAGAAAUACAAAGCAACACUGGUAAUACAGACUGAAGAUUCAUACUGGCUAUAUGAAAUAAAUGGAUUACCUCCAGAGCCCACACCACUGAUUAACGUGAAACCCAAAAUUGAUACAACUAACGAGAAAUACAACAACAUGCCAGUUGUUCGGCGUAAUUUUAUCAGUGAAAAUAUGAAGCUUUUAAGGACAGGGCCAUCUUCUACCAUCAAAGGAGCGCCUUUGGUCACAAAGCAUAAAUAA